CGGGCCGGGGGCCGCGGCAGCGGCCGCCCCUGCCCAGGCACCGCCCUGCCCUCGGCACGCCCUGCCCCGCGCCCGCUCCCCCUGCGCCUCCUCUCGGUGCUUCAGAACGGGGACGGGCCGCAGCUUUCUCCUCUCCCGUACCCUUUCCUCUCCCUCUCCGCUCCUUUCUGUCGCUCUCUUCACCUAAUGUUCGGAUUGCUUGUUAACCGAAGUACUGAAAGGCAAAACCCAGUUCUUCAGUAUCUGAGGAUGGAUAAAGACUUCCGCUACUACUUCCAGCACCCGUGGUCUCGCUUAGUUGUGGCUUACUUAGUGAUCUUCUUUAACUUCUUAAUAUUUGCUGAGGACCCAGUAUCUCACAGCCAGACAGAAGCCAAUGUUAUUGUUGUUGGUAAUUGUUUCUCCUUUGUAACAAAUAAAUACCCUGAAGGAGGAGGCUGGAGAUUUUUGAAGGUGUUUCUGUGGCUCCUUGCCAUUCUCACAGGACUGAUAGCUGGGAAAUUUCUCUUCCAUCAGCGCUUGUUUGGUCAGUUGCUCCGUCUGAAAAUGUUUCGAGAGGACCAUGGGUCUUGGAUGACGAUGUUCUUCAGUACCAUCCUCUUCCUCUUCAUAUUUUCUCACAUUUAUAACCUGUUCCUCAUUAUGGCAGGGAAUAUGAGUGCAUACAUUAUAACAGACUUCAUGGGCAUCAGGAAUGAAAAUUUUAUGAAGGUAGCUGCAGUUGGGACUUGGAUGGGAGAUUUUGUCACAGCGUGGAUGGUCACAGAUAUGAUGCUUCAGGAUAAACCCUACCCAGACUGGGGAAAGUCUGCCAGAGCCUUCUGGAAGAAAGGAAACAUUAGGAUCAUUUUAUUCUGGACGGUUCUGUUUACUCUGACCUCUGUAGUUGUGCUUGUCAUCACUACUGACUGGAUCAGCUGGGACAAGCUGAAUCGUGGAUUUCUGCCAAGUGAUGAGGUCUCAAGAGCCUUCUUGGCUUCUUUCAUCUUGGUGUUUGACCUUCUUAUUGUCAUGCAGGACUGGGAGUUUCCACAUUUUAUGGGUGAUGUUGAAGUGAAUCUUCCAGGCUUGCCCUCAGCACACAUGCAAUUCAAAGUACCUUAUUUCCAAAAGAUACUGAAAGAGGAAUAUCACAUACAUAUAACAGGCAAAUGGUUUAACUAUGGAAUUAUCUUCCUUGUUUUAAUCUUGGAUCUGAAUAUGUGGAAGAACCAGAUAUUUUACAAACCUCAUGAAUAUGGUCAAUAUAUCGGUCCUGGACAGAAGAUCUACACAGUGAAGGACUCAGAGAGCUUGAGAGACCUUAAUAGAACGAAGUUAUCUUGGGAGUGGAGAUCCAAUAACACUAACCCAUUGACGAACCGGACCUAUGCCGAAGGGGACAUGUUCUUGCACAGCAGGUUUACAGGCUCUAGCCUUGAUGUCAAAUGCCUGGCUUUUAUUCCAAGUUUGCUGGCUUUUGCUUUGUUUGGUUUCUUCAUCUGGUUCUUUGGGCGAUUUCAGAAAACUGACCAAGGCAUGGAGAAUUUAGACAAAUCAUACACAAGAAUGAAACGAAAGUCACCAUCAGAUAUGGGAAUGACACGAGAAAAUACACAGGUGUUAGAAGAACCAUUGAAUUUUCAAGAACCACAUCUGGUAUCCAUAAAAUCAGACUUAAGCGAAAUUGUUUUUAAUUCUUCCCUUCUAACUUCUGAAAACUUGAACGCACAACUCAAUGAACAAGACAGCCCUUUACAGCCAGUACCGGAGUCCUCUGUCCCUAAGAAUAAUCCUGUGACAUAGAGGAAAAUACCCAGGAAAAUCAGUUUAAAUUAGCAGUUACUCUAAGAUUUCAGUUUUACCUUUUGUAAGUUAAGAUUUACAUAGUGUUUAGAAUAAGAAACUCAGCCUAUACCAAGAGGUGCUCAGCAUGCUUUUUCUAGGAAUUUUGGUUUUUAUUUGUAUUAUAGUACGUGCCUAUUGUAUAUCUAACAUUCCUUUAUAGAUUGCUUCCCAAAAUUGCACAAGCUAUUUAUUAAUACAUUACCUUAACUGUAUAAUAGUGUAUUAGAUGAUUACUUGCAGGUAUAAAAUUCUACCGUGGUGGUGCCUUGAGACAUUAAACUGUUUUUUAACUCAA